AUGGAAGAAGAUUCAACUACUGUUGAAGGAAAUGAACAUCCGGAUUAUGGAGAAGGGUCAGAGGGAGUCAUCACCGGAGAGAUAACUUCAGAAGACACGGAUCUGACAGAAUAUAUAGGAGAAACACAAACAGGGGAGAGCAGUGAGACUCUAGGUAAGAUAAUACCGGAUCUGUCGGUCGCAGAUGAGUUUGAAGACGAAAUACAAGGAUAUUUAGUGCAGUUAGAAGCAGGAGAAGGUUAUGAGGAUGAAUGGGAUGAAGAAAAGGAUGUAGAUGAUGAGAGAAUGAAAAUCUAUGAAGGACUAAAUUUAACUCUUCCACCGGAAGAUCCACGAAUGGCAUACAUGAGAAAGAUGACGAUACAUGUGCCAAGCCAAUUACCUAGACGCCAUGCAGGUCAUGAUGAUGACGAUACAAAUAUCAGUGGGGAUUUUGAACCUAUACCUGAAGGCAGAGAUCCGUUUCGACUACCUACGUCUAUGGAUUUGUCUCUAUUAUCAGAAGAUUUUGAAUUAGAGCCAGAGAUAGUAGACAUUCCAAAAUCUUGGUUAGAGCCUGUUGAAAUUAAAUUAGAAGAUUUUACAAAAGUGCAUCUUAUGCAAAAGUGUAAAAAGUUACUACAUAGAUGGAUUGCAGCGAAAGUAAGAAAUUCUCUACUUGAGAGAAACGUGGGCAUUUACAUGAAGAGUCACGGAUUGAGACAUACGCUGAAAGAAACUUUUGUAGAACUGGGUACGCUGGAGAAUUAUCACGAGAAGCUUAACUUGCUAAAUCAAAAUAAUAUGAAACAUAAAUAUAUCCAAAGCGUUAGAGAAACUGAGAUUGAAAUUAUGCAAAAGAAACGAAAUAUUAAAGCCGACCAUCUAGCGGGAGAGUUUGAUUCAUUUCAAAAGAGAGAGCAUGAUGUAGCAAAGGGUAUGAGCUUUCGAUCGACUGGAAAAGAAUUGACAGAAAAUAGAAUUAACAUGUUGCUGAAUAGACAGAAAAGAUAUUUUCAAUAUAUUUGUGAUCUGAGGUUGGAGUUCUAUCGUGAAAGUACAAGAGUGGCGCAGAAGGAGAAAGAACUAAACGAAUUAGAUUAUAUAAGCACUGGCUUGUAUUUAGGCGAUUUCGAAACUAUGAAACUUGAAAACCGAAAUUACCACGAUAAAAUUGAAGAAAAGGACGAUGAAUUAAAUACGCUUAGAUCAAAAUGUAGACAAUUGGGGCAGAUAAUUGCACACGUUAGAGAAAAAUCUACUGCUUUAGUUACUGAUAUUGUCGAUCUGGAGAACAUUUAUUGGAGAUUAGUAGAUGUUGGUGAUGAUCAACGGCGUAAACUAAACGAAACAAAACAAGAAAGAGAUUUUCUUCGACAGCAACUUCAAAAAUUAAAGUCAGAAGGCGGUUUGCUCGCUGAAAAUGCGUUGCUAAGAGAUAUGGAAAACUCUUUGGAAGAGGUUAAAAUAGUCAGAGCGCAGUUAAAGGAGUUGCAAGAUACGUAUGCUCUUCAUAAUAAACAUCUACGAAAUUUAAGGAAAUAUCGAGAAACAAUGGACAGAGGAAAUUAUCCGAAAGAAAUUAAACAGAAAAAAGCUCCCGUCAGAAAAAUGACAAAAGCCAAAGCUAGUCAAUUGUACGAAAUUGAAAUACCGGCCGAAUCGUUUGAUCAUGUGAAAAAUUUUUCUCCCGCUGUGAAGAAACUGUCUAAAUAA